UGGUUAUCUCAAGUCACACUCAUAGCAAAUUAAUCAAACAUGGCUAGGGUUAGUGCUUUGUUUCACUCUUUGCUCUUGAUUUCUUCCCUUGUAUUGGCUUCUCAAAUCCAUGUUUCCUCUGGGAAACUAGUCCCUGGACUAUCAUGGAAUUACUAUUUGUUGACAUGUCCCAAGCUUGAGAGGAUUAUAAGGAAGCAUCUUGAGGAUGUCUUCGAGAAGGACAGUGGAGUAGCUCCUGGCAUACUUCGACUCUUCUUCCAUGACUGCUUUCCUAAUGGAUGCGAUGCGUCUAUAUUGUUGAAUGGAGACGGUGACGAGAAGCAACACCGUGCUAACUUUGGUUUAAGGCAAGAGGCCAUUGACGCCAUUGAAAACCUUCGGGUUCUCAUUUACAAGCAGUGUCUACCAGUUGUCUCAUGCUCAGACAUCCUUGUUAUCGCAGCACGUGAAGCUGUUCGCCAAUUAGGAGGCCCUGAUUUUGACGUGCCACUGGGAAGAAAAGACGGUCUAGGACCAAACGCCACCGCGCCGGACAACCUACCGGCACCAUUCUUCCGAACCGACGAUCUUCUCAGAGGAUUCGGAAAUAGAGGUUUCGAUGCCACCGAUGUGGUCGCUCUCUCCGGCGCACACACCUACGGUCGUGCCCACUGUCCCUCCCUAGUGAACAGAACCAUCGAAACGGACCCACCAAUCGACCCAAACUUCAACAACAAUUUGAUAGCUACGUGUCCCAAUGCCGAGUCCCCCAACACCGUUAAUUUGGACGUGAGAACCCCCGUGAAGUUCGACAACAUGUAUUACAUCAACCUCUUGAACCGCCAAGGAGUGUUCACUUCUGACCAGGACAUCGCGGGCAGCCCCAAAACCAAGGAAAUCGUGAACCAGUUCGCUUCAGACCAGAAACUGUUUUUUAAGAAAUUUUCCGAUGCUUUUGUGAAGGUGAGCCAGCUAGAUGUGAUAACGGAUCGUAUUGGGAAAGGGGAGAUUCGUGAUAAGUGCUUUGUUGCAAAUAAGAGAAGAUCUUCUAUGGCGUCUGUGGUGGAAGAAGUAGUGGAAUUGGCUCAGGAGAUAUAAUUGUAUUGGGUCCUUUUGCUCAGGGUGUUCUUUUUUGUUUUUCUGAAUGGAUUGUGUAAUAAACGUUGAUAUGUGUUUUCUUUUCUUGUUGUCUUCUCAUAGAUCAUUGCUUUGGAUUGGUUCAAAGUUUAACCAGUAUAACAUAAACAAGGCAAAAGUAGUACGAGAAUAAUUGAUAUAAAUAUUGCUGCUGUGUUCCAUC